AUAUGGGCCUGGCAUCAGAGCUGGUAUGUAACCCACCCAGUCCUGCCUCUGAGGUGCCACAUGCACGGCUCCCGCUCCGCGCGUUUGGGCUGGAGAUCAGCAGCAUCAGCAGCAUCAGCAGCAUCAGACAGAGGAGGAGAAGAGAGAGAGAGAGAGAGAGAGAGAGAGAGAGAGGUGUGAGAGCUGAGCAUCCGUGCAGGGCGUGUGGAUGUGAUGCCCACCCGGAGAGACAUGGUGUAAACAAACCGAGCCUUCGCCCCGUCACUGAGCUCCACCACGGAGGUCUCUCGCCACUAUGUUGAGCCGUCUGUUCAGCGAGGUGCUGCCGGACGUCCAGAGGCUCGCGGCCGACUGGGCGGACGACAACGAGAGCGAGGACGGCAAGGACAAGGACGACGUGCACGAGCCCGGUCAACUCGGGGACGACGAUCUGGACGAGCCGCUGGAAGGCAUCAGCCGAGCUGAGUCUGAGAUGGCCGACGACGACGACGACGACGACGAGGAGGACGAGGCCGAGGAAGAGGAGUGCGGAGACGAGAACAGCGGAGAUAAGCCCAAGAAGCGCGGCCCAAAGAAGCGCAAGAUGACCCCGGCGCGCGCGGAGCGCUCCAAGGUGCGUCGACAUAAGGCGAACGCGCGGGAGCGCACGCGCAUGCACGACUUGAAUUCUGCAUUGGACAAUCUGCGCAAAGUGGUUCCGUGCUACUCCAAAACCCAAAAACUCUCCAAGAUCGAGACUCUGAGGCUGGCCAAAAAUUACAUCCUAGCUCUGGGGGAGAUUUUACGCAACGGGAAGCGCCCAGAUGUGGUGGCCUACGUGCAGAUGUUGUGCAAAGGCCUGUCACAGCCCACCACCAACCUGGUGGCAGGCUGCCUGCAGCUCAACACCAGGAACUUCCUGACUGAACCGUGUUCAGACACAGCCCGCUUCCACGUGCCCACCUCUCCCUUCUCCGUCCACCCCUACUCCUACCGCUGCUCCCGCCUCUCCAGCCCGCACUACCAGCCCGGAUCCGGCGGUGCGCUCAACUUGCGGGGCCAUUCCUACGGAUCUGGAUACGAGGGCGUGUACCCACCGGGGGGCACGUCUCCUGACUACAACAGCCCGGACUAUGAGGGCCAGCACAGCCCGCCUGUGUGCCUGAACGGCGGACUGUCCGGGAGGCAGCAGGAGUCCUCUGACACGGACAGGAACUAUCACUACUCUAUGCAUUACUCCGGACUGACCACGUCUCGACCACCAGGCCAUAGUCUACCUUUCGGGCCCUCGGGAGCCCGCAGUAGUGGUGGUGGUGGUGGUGGUGGAGGAGGUGGUGGAGGUGGAGGUGGAGGUGGUGGAGGAGGUGGUCCGCACUCGGAAAACAUUCCCCCCUUCCACGACGUGCACUUGCACCACGACAGGGCUCCUCCAUACGAGGACCUCAAUGCGUUUUUCCACAACUGAGCCCCAGUCAGGCUCAUCGACCUUCCAGUGACAAUCCCAUAAAGUGUAAAACGAUGUUUGGAAACAAGAGGACGAGAGAAGGAAGUGGCACAGAACCCCUCUGAUUUACCUUCUGUAUUCUACUGAUGUCAUCCCUAUACUGUUGUACAUCCUCUCAAAGUGUGUCCGGUAUUAUCAUGUAUGCAGAACGACUGCAGUUGACCUAAACGAUGUACAGGCCCACGAGAAAAAAAAAGAAACAGAAAUAAAAAAAAUGUUUUAUAAUUGUC